AUGACUGGCUGCCCCCAGAAGCGUCAGCUACGCUUUCUCUUCUUCAGCAGAAUCAACUUCGUCAUGACUACAGCCCUCUCAAAACGCACUUUGGAUGAGUACAUCUCAACAGUCCUCACCAGUCAUAAAAGAUGGGGAAUGACUGGGGAUCUGAUGACGACUGGUGGGGGGCAUGCCUCUACCAAGAUGGCCACCUCCACACAUGGCAUGGAUUAUAAACUAGUGAAGACAUCUGAUAAUCCUGGGUCACCCAUUGGCCAACCUAGUGUCGAAGAGCAAUAUACCGACAAUGAGGGCUUCAUCAUGAAGCCUCCAGCUCACUACCGUAUACCUAAAAAGAAGGUUCUAGAAGUCACUUAUAACAUCAUUGAGCUGCUGACUGGAGAGGCUGAAACUCAAAUAAAUGUUAAGGCUGAAGUGAAAGAGGAAGCAGAAGAGCCAUAUGUGAGGGGCGAUGAGCUAUAUGGAGGACACAACGGUAUGGAUGAGGAGACGCGUCCCAUUGGCCCCCCAGAUGGUGAAGUAGAAGAUGAUGACAUCACAUCCAACUCUUCAGAUGAAGACCCCAUUACUCCAAACCUCAUGUUGCCCAUCUACCCUCUGAUCCCUCUACACACACACCCGGGGCAUCCUUUUGAUUGGGCUCCUCCUUCUUCCUCCAAUCACGUAGCCCAUCUAGGGACUGACGAGUACCGGCGCUCCAACUGCAAUGAGAGCUUUGCCGAUAGGUCAGAGCUAAUGGAGCACCAAAAGACUCGCCCAGUCAAGAAGCCGUUUCCGUGCCCCGACUGCGGCAAACGCUUCCCCCGGAAAUCGAACCUUUACAUGCACAGACGGGUCCACACGGGGGAGCGACCACACGCGUGUAUCGAAUGCGGCAAAAGCUUCACCUGCAGAUCCCAUCUUGUCUAUCACCAGAGGGUCCACACGUCCGAAAAGCCGUUCACCUGUUCGGAAUGCGGCAAGUGCCUCUCGCGCCUGUCGACCUUCAUAGCGCACCAGAGACUCCACACGGGGGAGAAGCCGUACCGCUGCGCCGAAUGCGGGAAAGGGUUUACCGACAAAGCGUACCUCGCCGACCACGAGAAGAUUCACGCCGCCGACAAGCCCUUUCCUUGUACCGAGUGCGGGAAAUCUUUCACGCAGAGGUCCAACCUGGUUCAUCACCAGAGAACGCACACGGGCGAGAGGCCGUUCACGUGUUCCGAGUGCGGGAAGAGUUUUACCCAGAUGGGAAGUCUGACUUCCCACCAGAGAACCCACACGGGGGAAAAGCCGUACCCCUGCGCCAAAUGCGGGAAAUGUUUUCCCCAGAAGACCUCCCUAAUCAAACACGAGCAGGUUCACUUGGGGGAAAAGCCGUACAUAUGUUCGGAAUGUGGGAAGUGGUUUGCUGACCAAUCGUACCUGGACGUGCAUCGCAAAAUACACAAUCGACCCUUUACUUGCUCGGAAUGCGGCAAAGGCUUCCCCCAGAAGUCGGAUCUGAUCCGGCACGAGAAAGUCCACACGGCUGAGACCAUGUAUGUGUGUUCUAAGUGCGGGAUAAAGUUCUCCAAGAAGUCCUCUCUCACCUUACAUCUCAACUGCCACAAGAGGCUAGAGGCCCUCGAAAGUGGAAACUGAUUGCGGAUUGUG